AUGGAUGAACAACGCUCAAAAGCAUGGCCGCUCGCUGAAGCCGAGCUCACUAACUCUAUUCUGGAGUUGGUCCAACAAGCCUCUCAGUACAAGCAGCUCAAAAAGGGUGCUAACGAGGCAACAAAAACGCUCAAUCGCGGUAUCGCAGAGUUCAUUGUGCUAACUGCCGAUACUGAACCUCUCGAAAUUUUGCUGCAUCUUCCCUUGUUGUGUGAGGAGAAGAACGUCCCAUACGUCUUUGUCCCCUCAAAGGCCGCCCUGGGCCGCGCGUGUGGGGUUACGCGACCUGUCAUUUCGGCCAGCGUGACGACAAGCGAGUCGAAGGAGCUCUCCAGCCAGAUAAUCACGAUAAAAAACGCUAUUGAGAAACUGCUGGUUUAG